UUCCAAGACUUGCUGGUAUUUAGUGGGAAUCAGUGGCUUAACGAAGUAUGCUUCCGGCUUUUAGCUCACACUAUGUUCAGCGACGACCCAGAUACGAGAUUUGUUGACGCCGAGUUCUUACAUCGCGCGAUGUAUCAUCAAACCCCAGGGCCCGAGCUUGCAAGAAACCGCUUAUUUGCCGAAGCGUUCGGCAGCGGAGCAAGAUACAUCAUACUCCCUGUCAAUUUCGACAAUGAUCACUGGUGUUUGCUACUCGUGGACAAAGCAAGGAACAUUGUCAAUAUGUUCGACCCGCUGCAAGAACACUCUAACUACUCUAAACUCCAGUAUGUCUGCGAUCGAUAUUUGGCAAUCGUACUACGAGAAGAAUUCAGUGUCCAAAGAAUGACCGCUCUUCGCCAAUUCGACGGACACAACUGUGGCUUGCUCGUCACGCGAGUCUUUGACUGCCGAAGUAUCACAAAGCCAUCUUGA